CAACAGAUCGGGUCGGAUCCGAGACCGCUCCUGUUCUUGCUCCUCCUCUCUAUUCAUAUAGUGGAGCUCUCUGAUUUCAAUUUGCCAUUUUAUCUUUAACAUUUCGAAAUUCAAUUUCUUUCGUCUCGUAGAUUAUUGCCACUACCCCACCUCGUUCCGUGCUCCAUUAGAUGUUCUUCUCUUCUCCGAAUUUCUGUAGAUGAUACCAGCACAACAAUCGUAAUUCUACCAUGAAGAAGAAACUCGAUACCCGCUUCCCUGCGGCUCGGAUCAAGAAAAUUAUGCAAGCUGAUGAGGACGUUGGAAAGAUUGCAAUGGCAGUGCCUGUUUUAGUGUCUAAAGCCUUGGAGUUGUUUUUGCAAGACCUAUGUGAUAGGACAUAUGACAUUACUCUUAGAAGAGGAGCAAAGACUGUCAAUUCAUCACACCUAAAACAAUGCAUACAGAGCUAUAAUGUCUUUGACUUUCUGAGAGAAGUUGUGAGCAAGGUCCCUGACUAUGGCCAUUCUGAUGCCGGUGGUGGUGAGAUGUCAAGAAGAAGGAAAGUUGCUUCGGACGAAGUUAAUGACAGUGAUGAUGAAUCCAAAAGGAGCAAGAUGGAAACAUGCCCCCCUACAAGCAGCAGCAGUGGUGGCAGGGGAAGAGGCCGGGGCAGAGGAAGGGGGCGCGGACGUGGGCCCCGCAUUGAUAGGGAGCCUGGUCAACACGAUGCUGAACCCGAUUCUCGUGCUUCUUUUCAACACGACAGUUCUUCUCAAAUCCAGAAUCCUGUGAUGUUGAAGGAAACCUUUGUUGACCCAAAGGAAUCAUCAUCUACACAGGAUCCUAACGCAACAACAGACAAUAUUGACAAAUCAGAGAUGAAUUACGUCAAUGCUAAGGUAUUUUCCGGGUUCCAAACGCACCCUAAGGUUAACGAGGAAGAGAAUGCUGAAAAGAUGGAUACUCGUGUGGCAACCUCAAUGCCUUCGGAUGCUAAAGACCAUGCGGGCCCCAUGCUUUCUGAGAUUGACAGAAUGGCUGUCGAUCCGCUCCAUUAUUCACAGUUCAACUCAAAUGUGGAAGACGAGGAAGAAGAAGACUACGACGAGGAAGGGUAAGUUGAUGAAAUGAAAAAGCUGAAAGAUGUUGAGAUUGAAUGCUCUUAAGUUUCCCAUUUUACCCUCAGCUCUUGUUGUAUUGGCAUGUAAAAAUAAUUCCCAUGUUGCAGUUUGUAUACUCAGUUACUUCCAUUGAGUGUGUAACACCAUUUACCAUUAUGAAGCAUUGAUAUGAUUAUUGCAAACACUUCAGAAAUUUGAGAGGCUGCUUGGCAAGGGUGAAUUU